GACAGACGCCGGAGCCAACCCGACGGGGCCGCCUUUCCUCUGCAGCUGCUGGAUGCGGUUCCGCCUCCUGUCGUCGGACCCGAAGUCAGCCAUGAGUUUGGAAGCCAUCCGGUACCGCCGGGGUUCCCUGCAGAUCCUCAACCAGCUUCUGCUGCCGCAGCAGAGCCUUUACGAGGAAAUCGGGAACGUUCGCCAGGGCUGGGAGGCCAUCCGGGCCAUGAAGGUGCGGGGUGCUCCAGCCAUUGCCAUUGUGGGCUGCCUGAGUUUGGCAGUUGAGCUACAUGAUAAAAGAAGUGCAGAAGAGAGUGUGGGCAACUUGGAAAGAUUUGUGUUAGACUCACUGAACUACCUAGUAAGUGCUCGGCCAACUGCAGUCAAUAUGGCCCGGGCAGCUCAGGAACUUGGCUGUUUUGUCCAGCAAGAAGCCAAGCGCGAAGGGGCUACUGCCAAAAGCUUGUGUGAAAGUGUGAUCAACUGGGCAGAAGCCAUGUUGGAUAAAGACCUGAAAGACAACAGAAACAUUGGGGACCACGGAGCUCACCACCUCCUGCAGCAAGUCAGGCAGGACAAAGUGAUAGUCCUGACUCACUGCAACACAGGGUCUCUGGCCACUGCUGGCUAUGGCACUGCACUUGGUAUUAUUCGUUCCUUGCAUGCUAUGGGUCGCCUGGAUCACGUCUACUGCACCGAGACACGGCCGUAUAAUCAGGGAGCUCGGCUGACUGCUUAUGAGCUAGUGUAUGAGCAGAUUCCUGCCACGCUCAUUGCCGACAGCAUGGCCUCAGUGGCUAUGAAGGAGAAAAAGAUAUCAGCCAUCUUUGUGGGAGCAGACAGGGUCGUGGCCAAUGGAGACACUGCCAACAAAGUGGGUACUUACCAGCUGGCUAUUGCAGCAAAGCACCAUGGGAUUCCUUUCUAUGUGGCAGCACCUAGCACCUCAUGUGACCUGAGUUUGGAACAUGGUGGUCAAAUCAUCAUUGAGGAGCGGCCAAGCCAGGAACUGACAGACAUUAGUGGUGUACGAGUUGCAGCGCCAGGCAUUGGUGUCUGGAAUCCAGCUUUUGAUGUCACCCCCCACAACCUGAUAACGGGGGGCAUUGUCACUGAAUUUGGUGUUUUUGCUCCAAGUGAACUUCAAGCGGCACUGACUCAGACAGUAAACAAAGAAUGAGUAUAUUCUGCUAAGUUGUUGCUGGAUUUGUGGGCAAGAGUCUGGCAGAUCUUGAAUCCCUCCUGACAGAGAGAGCAGCACUGGACUUUGAUGUACUCUUGUGCUCUUGGCCUCUGUAUUUUUACACUUUUGAUCAGUAUCCUUAAAUGACACUUUGCAAGGAGCACAUAUUUAUAUGUGUCUUGCUUUACAGACUUAAUAUCCAGAUUAAAUAAGUUUUUUUAAAUAUAAACACUGUAUUGUGCCUAGUUCUUAAGGUAGUCUAUAAAGAAUAUGUAUAAAGACAAUGAUUAUUUGGCUCCAUAGCAAUUUCUGACUUUUUACAUUUUUUACUUGUGCUGUAUUCAUGAACUGCAUUUUCCUAGUCCCAAGAAAAUCAGAGAAUAUGUUUUCUAAAUCUCAAGGUAAAAUCCUCAAGGCAUGACUUGACAUCUUCAUGGCAGAAGUAAUUUCUUUUAUUCUUGAGAGAGCCAGUGCUCCUUGAAAGAAGUCCUACAUUGCUCAAAAUCAAAUUAACUUACGUGUGAAGCUUAGCUGUUGAUUUGGAGCUACCUUCAGUAGCUUUUGCUUCCCAUUCUGGCUUUUGUAUAUUUCCCUUCUGCUUCAUAAGUUGUCAGGCUAAAAUGGACUUAUUUUGACUUCAGUGGAAAAUUGUGCAGAAACUGUUUUCAAAUGGGAUGGAAAUCCUGGAGUGGGAAGAUGUUGAAUAAUUGUAUAUCUGUUACAUCUAUAAUUUGAUGUUGAAUAAAAUUAUAUCUGUUGCAUACUAUUUACAUUUUGCAGUAGGAAGAAUAUAAUGAUAUACUGUACUACUAAACCAAAACUCGACCUUCAUUAUUUGCCCGCUAUCCUGGGAAGCUCACAAAUAGUGCUUAGAGGGUGACCAUAUGCCUUUGUUUUUGUGUGGAUUAAA